UACCUAGUGAAUUAAUUGAUGUUGGCUAUUUAAUUAUAGAUUCUCAAAGCUCAUCAGAAACUUCUAUUUCAUCUUCUGAAGAUAGCAAUAUGAAUUCAUCAAACACACUAAAGACAGAUGAAAGGAAAUCUAGAUCUAGAUCGCGUUCUAAUGAUUCGUCAAGAUCUUCUACACAUUCACCUAUUGGAUCUCAUUCAGAAGAUAGAUCCAGAUCAAGUUCAAAAUCUUCAAUUUCUUCAGUCGGUUCAAUUAGUUUUAAAAAAAAUAAUAGUAAACGCGCAAGAAUUGAUUCAGAAUCAUCUGAUGAUGAUCUAUCAGUAAAAAAUGAAAAUAUUAAUCAAGAUAAUGAAGGUAAUAGAAAAUUUAUUUAUUUUGUUUAGGUUUUAAGAAUCCCCUUUUUUAUAUCAAUAUGCUAAUCAGAUACAAUCCCAAUAGGUACCUACCUCAAAACCAAAUAAAGGCAGCUUAGUUAUUUUAAAAUUAUAUUUCAUGUUUUUAGAACAAGAAGAUAUAAUAGUUCAAAAGAAGACAUUUAAAAAAGUUAAAAUUAUCUCAGAUUCGGAAUCUGAAGAAGAUGAUACAAAUGCAGAAAUUACAUUGGUCAGUACUAUAAUUAAGUAUAAUAAUUAUUUAAUAUAAUUUUAUUUUAUAAUUUAGGCUCAAGAAGAACAUGCCAUAUCUGAUAAAGAAAUCACUAAGAAAACAAACAAUAGAUUGGAAGUUAAUGAAAUAUUACCUGAAAUAUCUGAUAAUUCUACCGACUCCGAAGAUGAGCCUAGUGUAGUAAAUGACACAAACUCUAAUUAUGAUGACAAAGAUAAACCUGAAAUCCAUAAUUGGUAAUAUACUAAUAAAGUAAAACUAUCUUUACACUUAAAAUGAUAAUUAAUAUGGUAUAUUAAAUAUUUAGUAAUGAUAAUCCAGUAUCAGAUUUUGAAAUUAUGAUGAUGAAGAAAAAAGAAGAACAGUCUUUGAAACGGCGUAGGAAAGACAUUGAAAUUAUUAAUGACAAUGAUGAUAUAAUAGCUGGACUAAUUAGUGAUAUGAAACAUGCUGCGGAAGUAAUUAACUUUUAAUUAUUUAUUAUUAUUUAUUUACGCCAGAUGGGUAGAGAAUACUUAUAUUAUAUAGUAUGUAUUAAUAUAAACAACUUUGUUUAGAAGUUUAGUGUAAUGUGGCUUAGAGAAUUUACAUUAUUAAAAAAAAAAAUUAUUUAAAAUGCCCAGGACUAUUUAGGACAAAAUUAUGUUAACCUAAUUUCAAUGUAAAGUAUAUUUUGUGUUCAUCAAUGGGACAUGAAAACUAGUCUUGUUUAAUAACUCGAGGUAUAAUAAUUUACCAUUUAGUAAUUUUUAAAGAUCAUUAAAAUACACAAGGUGAUGGUGGUUUAAGACCACAACUAAUCUCAACAGUAGAGAAAUUGGUUAACCAGCCAAAUGUCCAUAAUGCUUCAUGAAUCUCAAUAUAACCUAAAUUUCUGAGCACCUUAAGACUGGUGGUUUCAAUAUGACUAUUAAAUGAUAGGUCAGAUAAUAAUAUUUUACCUAAAUCUUCAAUUUUAUUAACAACUAGUAUCAUUAACUGUAACUGGGUUUGGUUGGAGACAGACAUUUUCAUACAUUUUUCAGCAUUAAGAAAAUACCACACCUGCACCAACUCUCAGUCCAAAUAUUAAGCAACAUGUAAAAACAAUGCUUAUGCUGACUAAGUAUAACUAGCUUUAUUUUAAUUUUAAAAUAAAAAAGGUAUUUUUUAUGUAAUGUAUAGAGAAUAUUUUGGAGGAAUCUCAAGUCAGUUUUUAAAAUAUGUAAAUAUGUAUAAAGUAUUAAAAGAGAAAAAAAAAAAAGGUUUUUCUAUGUCGAGCUACAUAUUUAGAAUAAAUACGAAAACCCUACAAGGUUCCCUCUAAAAUAUUGUAGCUAGUUUUAUUUAGUUUAUGUAAACAUUGUUUUUACAUGACGCUCAGCAAUUGAACUGAGACAGUAGAUGCAGUGGUCUAUUAAGUGACACCAAUAAUUUUAUAUAAUUCAAUUGAAUUAUUAAAGGGAAGAAAUAUGUUUAGAUCAUCAGCAAACAGUAAACAAUUACAAUGAAAAAAGACUGUUUAUGUUUCAUAAAUACUAAAAGUAAAAGUGAUCAUAAAUGUCCACCUUGUGAUACACCUUGAAGAUACAUUUAUUGGUAGAAUCAUACUAUAUUUAAUUUUGACUAUCUAUCCUCUAUCAAAGAUAAAAAGGACAACCAUUGAAGAAGUUUCCCAUGUUGGCCAUAGUUAUUCAAUUGUAUAUUCAAAUUUGGUCCACAGAGUUAAAGGCCUUCUUUCUAUCUAUAUAUGAUAUCUACUUGGUCACAGUUGAAAACAUUAUCAAUAAGAUUUGUGUAAAACACUAACAAAUUAGUAUCAAUUGAUAUUAAUUUAUAUUAAACUUCAUUUUUAUUAGUAUUAUUAUUAUUGUAUUCAAUUUUAUGUCAUUUAUUAAGAAAGUAAAUAACAAAUUAAGUAACUUAUUGAUGUAUAAUUUAUGUAAUAUUUGAAUAAUUUAAAAUUUAUCUAGUUGGAUCGUCAAUUAAAUAAACAAAGCCAACCAGCUAUCAAUAAGAUAACAAUGUUGCCGAAAUGUCUAUCACAGUUGAAAAAACAUAAUUUGAUGUUGGCUUUUAUUGAGCAUAAUGUAUUAAAUGUUUUCACUGAUUGGUUAGCUCCUAUGCCAGAUCGAAGUUUGCCUUCAUUACAAGUUCGUGAGUCUUUACUAAAACUUCUAGCUGAUGUAAGUUAAUCAUUUUUUUUUUUUUUAUUCAAAAUUUAUUUGAUUUAUUAAUUUGUCCAUUUUUAUUUUGGAUUAAAGUAUCCACCAAUUGAACAAUCUACGCUUAAGUAUUCUGGUGUUGGUAAAGCUGUUAUGUACUUAUACAGACACCCUAAAGAAACUAAAGAAAAUCGUGAACGUGCAGGUCGUUUAAUUAAUGAGUGGUCACGUCCAAUAUUCAAUUUAUCAACCGAUUUUAAAGGUGAUUUGAAUGAUUAAUAUUAUUAAUUUUAUUGACAAUCAUAAAAUGUACAUGAUUUUUUUCAUUUAAGCCAUGUCCAAAGCAGAGCGAGAAGAGAGAGAUUUAGAACAGAUGAAAACGCCAAAAAGAAACAGGUCUAAUGCAAGUCAUAGCAAUAAUCGUGAUGACGAUGAUGAUGAAGAAAGGUAUAACAAUUAUUGUUUUUCCAACAUUUUUUAACACAGUGUAAAUGGUUACUUUUAAAUUUAACUAAUUAUAUUCCACUUAACUUGUUACUGACAUUUUGAAUCUUCAAAUACUUUACAUCAUCUUUAUUUUUAUAUAAUAGGCAAUGAGCACAUUGAUUUUUUGGAAAAUGAGGUAAUAAUAAAAUGAUGUUACAAUUGCCAGGUAGAAGAAGUGAGAUUUUCGAGACCAAUUGGAGUGAAAUUGCACAAUAUUACACUUUAUAAGUUAUUAUUAGCUUUUUGACACUGGAUCGCUCUGAAAGACACAGUCGGGAACUGCAUAAAGAUUCCUCCCUCUCAAACAUAAUUUUUUUUAUAAAAUUUAAUUUAAUGACUUUCAAAUUUUAAAAAAAUGUCAAAGGGGGAGGGAUGACAUAGCAUUUAUAAAAAAAUUUCUUUAUUAUAUAGUUAUGGUUAUAAAACAUAUUAAUUAAUAAUACUUUAUUUAGAUAAGUUAGUUGUGUUGAACUUAAAGAUUUUUUUUUUAUUCUAGUCCAAAAACAUUAAAACCAGGGGACAAAGGUUGGAUUUCUAGAGCUCGUGUUCCCACACCAUCAACUAAAGAUUAUGUUGUUAGGCCAAAAUCAACAACUGAUGCUGAUAUUUCAAGGGUAAUUAAUUUUAUUUGAUAUUUACCUCUAAAUUAUAUUAUGGUUCAAAUUAUUUAUCAUUAAUUUAUAUUAAGACUGUUAAACGUCCAAUGAACCGCUUUGAAAAACAUUUAAAAAAUUAUAUGGAUGGUAAGCGGAAUGGUCAAUCAAAACGUGCAGUUCCAAUAUCGAUUGAAGGCAGAAAAAUGGGAUUGUAGAUAUAUUUAAAGUAUAACAAUUUUUGAUUUAUUGUAAAAACUAUUUGUUUAUUAGUAAUAUACAUUGAUUUGGUACUUAAUAUAUUAAUGUCAAGAUAUUCUUAUUAGGUAUUAUUAUUUUCUUUUUUACAAAUAAAUUUUAAUUUUAUAUACAAUAUGUAUGGAUUUUUAUUAGUUUAAGACAGAAUAUUGUUAAUCAUUAUUUUUAAAUUAUAAGUUUCAUAAUGCAUACAUAUUUAAUAGUAUGGCUUUUUCUAUCUUAACAAUUCAGUUAAAUUAUUUAAAUAAGUCAAUAUAAACUAUUUAUAUAUAUACACACAUACUACAUUUUUCUAUCACUAAUGAUUUUGUAGUGUAGAUUUUAUGGUAUUAUGUAGGAUUAUAUCAGACUCUAGUAAUUAAAUAUAUAUAUAUUUCAUUUUAUUUUAUAUUUACAGGUUGUAUUUUUUUUUUUUUAGAAAACUAAGUUAAAAUUUUGGUUUAUAUAAAAUAUAUUAUUAAAUAAAUAUAAUAAUAUAAUGUUUGUCAUAUUUAUUGUUGUAAUAAUAGUUUUAUAAGGAUUUCCUGCUGCAAUGAUAAUUUAAAUAUUUUUGUCGUGUACCACAAUACACCAUUGUAGAGUGGCAAAAUGACAAAUUACUUUUUUUGACAAAGAAAUGUAUAUUAAAAUUACUCUUAAUUUUUUUUUAGUCAAUUAAAUAUAUAACUAUAAAAGUCAAUUAAAAAUAAUAUAAAGUAUUAUGAUAUACCCAACUAAAUAUUCAGCAGCUUAUCAUAAAUAUUAUAUUUUGAUCAGUUUGCUGGCAGUCACAGCUAUUUUCGUUACCAAUUAGUAAUAUUACCUUGGUAAUAACAAAACUCUAUUAGAGCAGUGAAGUGACCACCACCAUGAAAAACAAUAAAAAAAAGUAUUAAUAUAAAAAGUAUCCCUCAGAAAAGAAAUAUUGUUUCAUCCAAUGACCACUACCAAACAUGCGAUGGUGAUCAAUUAUUCAAAUAAGUACAUUUGAAAGCACACAUUUGUGAUAGCGUUUUCAUGAAAUGCUAACUAAAAUUAAAUAUAAAAAAUACACAAAUUAACAUACCAGUGGUAGACAGUCAAAAUUAAUAUUUAUAUGACUGGACAGACAUUCAUACCAGAGAUCCUGUUUUUAUUUUUAUUUUAAGAGUUCUUUAUUUAAUUUAAAUACAAAAGAAUAACUUAAAUUAUUUAUUAAAUCUUAUAGUUAAUGGUUAAAUUUGAUUAAAAAAAAAUAAAAUAUAACAUGUUCUUAGAUCAUAUACUAUGGAUGAAGCAAUGUCCCAAUAUUUAAAGCACAUAUUUCGUUGAGAUGUGUUAUCUGGUAUACUUGUCAAAUAUUUAUUCUAAUUAGUGCAUUUUCCCUGGGAGUUCAUGAGUGUUAACUAAAAAUUCUUAUUAACUUGUGUAUUAUCACAGUUUAUACAUAGAUAAUAUAAUAUUUAUGAUUAUAACCCUAUAUUGUUCAAAGUUUUAUUUUUUUAACCACAAACUAAGUUUUUGUUUCUUAAUUACAUUUUUGGGUGAUAAAAAGUAAAAUUAUUUCCAUUUGAAUUACUAAUAAAUAAAAUGAACAACUAGGUAUAUUACAGUUUACUUGAAUAUUUAAUAUAGAGUUUAUUGAUAAAAUAAAUAUGCAAUGAAUAUACUCAUGCAUCUCAAUGGAGACACUAAUAUGUGCUUCAAAUUGUUUAUACAGGCCAGAUAGGUUAUGGCUUCAUCCAUAGAAUAUGAUCUAAGAAUAUACAAGGUGAUUUUCUUAUGAACCAGCAAUUAUCUCCAGAGUUUUUUAAAUUAAUUUAAUUUCUGUUUUUCUAAUCACUGGAAUUAUUUAAGCUUUAUUUUAAAACCAGUUUUAAUUUUUUUAGAAAUUUUAAUGCGCAUAACAUUAAUAUCAGAUUUCCCAUUUAUGAAUUAUAACAGUUUAAAGUUUAGACCACAGGUGAUAUUAGUGUAAUGCAUAUUAACAUUUCUAGAAAAAUAUUCUCUAUUUAAAUCUGUGUUCAAAAGGGGGGGGGGAGAUUUCUAUUUGAAAAUAAAAAGUAUGUACUUAUUUACGGUAUAUGGAGUAAAAGUAAAAAAUUAAAAAUGGUUUUAAAAUAAAGCUUAAAUAAUUCCAUAAUGAUUAGGAAAAACAUAAAUCAAAAUCAAAUUAACUUAAAAAAACAAAGAUAAUUGCUGGUUUAUUUAAAAAAAUGUCUAUAACAUUAAUAUUGUUAAUUUAGUCAAAUAUUUGAUGAAUCAAUACUAUUAAAUCAAUAAAUAUCAUUAAGUUACUAGCAUAGAAAAUAUACUUAGGUAGGGUCUAUCAGUGUUUCAAAACAAAAUGUAUGUAAUAAUUAAAAAAUAAAUAAAUUUUCAGUAAAUUUAACCCAACUAUAAACUAUAACUGUAAACAAAAUUUAAAUGCUUAUAGCUUGUGAAACAAAUUAAUUUAACAAUAAUAAUGCUAAUGAUUAUGCAAAUAAAAUAAGAAUGAAAUAAAAUUCAUGUAAAUCCAUACAAAAGUGAAUUUAGUGACUACAAAAUAUUAGGGGUAACAAAAUAUUUAAGUUGAUAUAUUUUACUAUAUCAAGAAUAAUAUAAUGUCCAAAUUAGAAGAUAAUUUAUAAUACACCUGAUAAACACCAUACUCAUAACAUUUCGAAAUACAAUUAAAGUGAUUUUAUGAUAUUAUAAAUUAUUUAUAGUACCAAUUAUCUAUGAUGACUCCUAUAACUCAUCUGAAAUAGGGUUUUUUACAUUGUGACUGCAUUUACUUGUGUUCAACUUAAUUCUUCAGGACUUUACUGUUGGGUGGUAUGAAUGACUUUUAAAUUCUUAACUUUCUUCUUAGAUGAUGAAGAAAUUUGUUUACAGUUAACUGUUAAUGGUACAAUAGGUUGGAAAUUUCUGGUCAUGUUCAAAUCAACAGGACUGUAAUUAAGAUAUAGUGGAUACACUCUUUUCAUUGCAAUAUUUUCAAUAUUUGUGAUACAUUUGGCAGCUGUUGUGGAAUUCUCAGAUAUAACGAGUGGGGAGGAAUUAAAAGAAUCAAUUGUUGUAUUAAUAGGUGGAAUAAUUAUUUGGUUAUUAUCAGGUAUAAUUUCUGAUGGUUUACAAAUACUUGUAGCAACAACAGAUUUAGGUAUACUUAUGAUUUUAAUUAAUGGUUCUUUUUUUGUUGUAACAGGAAUGGAUGGUGUUGACAAAUUUUGUUUCAUCUGCACUUUUGCAUUAGUAUUCAUAUUUGUGUAUUUUGUUAUUUUACCAUCAUAGAGAGAAUUUAUUGGUAAAAUGGCAUUUUUAUGUAAUGGUGUUACUCCUAGUUGCUCACAAUGAUUUUUGUUAUUACGUUUUCUUUUGAAUUGAGGAAAAAUAUACUUAGGAAUAUGUUGAUUCAUUAUUGAAUUUUGUUUUAAUGAACAGGGCGAUUUAAAUUUUUUGUUUUGAAUCAGCUCCCCUUGUAGGCGGUAUUUUUCUAGCAAUAAUAGGAACUUAAAUAGUUCUAUAGAACUGAAAAAAGGUUUUUGCAGUUGCUUAUAUAAUUUAAAUACAUCAGAUACAACUUUUAACUUUAAUGUAUCAUUGAACUGAAACUCUGGUAAGUUUGGCAAGGACAGAGGAUCUGCUAAUGGCAGUAUGCUCGUGCCUACAACUGGUCCCACUUUUUGUUUUGGCAUAGAUUUGUUUGAACUACAAGAAAGCAAUUUUGGGGUGUCAGGUUUCAUAGCAGAUUUAAUAUGUUGAACUUUUUGAAGAGGUAUAUUAUUUGUAGAUAGUGGAUCCAAAAUUUGUUUUAAAUUAUUCCGUGGAAGGGCUGUAUCUGUGGUAAAAAGUUUUUUUUUAUGCACCAAUUUUAUAUUAGGCUGUGUUGAUAAUGGCUGAUUUUCAAUAAAUUCUAAUGGUAAAAGUCUUCCAGGUUGCAAAUUUAAUGUUUGACAAUUGACAUUUUUGUUGAUGGACGGCUUAAAUAAAACCAUCAAUUGAUCAUUUUUAUUAUUUAUGGAUGUCUUAAAAGAAUUCAUUGUUGGAGUUUUAUAGAUUGUACUAGAUUUGGUUGACAUUACUUUUACAGGCAUUUUAAAAAAAAUUGUCUUGACAUCUUCAAAGUUGUUAAUAUAGACUUUAUUUACUGUAUUAGAUAUCAUGGGUGUCACUUUUGAGUAUAUUUUGCAAGUCUUUUGAGCAGUAUUUGUAAUAUUGUUUUCAGGGAUUUUAUUAAGUGUAUUAUAUUUGGUGGAUGUUAGUUUUGCUGAUUUUUUAAAAACAUUUUCAUCUGUGGCUUUAAUAUUGUUUUCGGGAACUUUAUUCUUUGUAAUAGAAUUGACUGGUAUUAAUUUUGAAUACAUUUUGAAGGUAUUUUGAUGAGUGCCUUUGAUGUUCUUUUUAGGAACUUUUCUCUUUCUUCUAGGCUUGAAUGGUAUUCUUUUUGAUUGUAUUCUCAAAACAUUUUUAUCAGUAUAUAUGAUAUUUUUUUCAAGGAUUUCAUUUACUGAUACAGGUAUAUUGAUUUUAUGAUGUUCACAAAUUCUAUAAAAAAGAAAAACACAAAAUUACUUGAGUACUGAACACAUCAAAUACUCUGCAUGUAAGAAAGAAAAUUAAUUUAUAACUUAUUUAUAUAAUUGAUCAUAAUUAAAGUCUUAUUGUGACUUAGUCUAUACAGUCUUUAUGAAAGUUAUGAAAUUAUGUAUCUUUAUUGAUUACUCUGCAAAGAAAAACAUGGAGCUUUCUCUUAAAGGCAGAAAAAAAUUAAUGUAUACUAAAAAUAUAGAAAACAAAAUUCGGGAUUUAUAUUUAUAAAUCCAAUAUACAAUUUUAAAAAAAAAAAAAACAUACUAAAAAUUAAAUUAAUAAUUAAUUUGUAAACACUGAAGGUAAAUAUAAAAUAAUCUGGUUUUUAAUUAUGAAUAUCAUAAUAAACAUUUUUUUUUUUUUUUAAAUAAAAGUUUAACAAAUACCUAUUAACUGAGUGAAAUCCAAUAAUGGCCAAAUUCAUAAAAAUAUAUAAUUAUGUUACUAUCAAUUUAUUUACAAACAGGUCAAUUUAAAGCAAACCAAACUAAUUUACAAUUUCUUUAUAAAUAACUAGCUGUCCUGCCAAGCCUUGUCUAUGCCAAUUUUUGUUUAUUUUAUUACCUAUAUUCCUUUUAGUUUUGACUAGUAAUAAAUAAAAACAAAUAUGUGGAAAGAUAUUCAUUCACCAAAAAUACCUAAAUACUUAAUUAUUGAAAUUUUCUUAAGGAAAUCAAUUUUUUUUUUUUUAAAUAAAAUACAGCCCAUGAUACUCCCUGAUAAUGUAGUGAAUGGUGAAAGAAUUUUUGAAAUUGGUUUAGUAAUUUUUGAGUUUAUUCAUAACCAUCAUACAAAAAUACAAAUCUUCACUCUUUAUAAUAUUAAAAUAAAUAUAUAAUAUAUAUAUUAAAUAGUAAUUAUAGUAUUUAGUAUAGAUAAAUAUUAUAUUCCAUAGGCAUAUAAAAAUCUAAAACUAAUGUUUUUUUAAAAUAUAAUAUUUUAUAAACAAUGAUUUAUCAACAUUUUACUAUAAUCUAACAAUAAUUUGGAAAAUAAUUAUUACCUUUUUAUUACAUUACUACAAUGAUCUCUAAUAUCUUUUGGUUUAUUCAAUGAAUCUGAUAAUUUAUUAUUUUUCCAUAAUAAAUAAAGAUGGCAUGAUUUGCAAAUAAAAAAAUCAGUAUCUAGAGUAAUUGGAAUUCCAUCUUCAAUAAGACUUUUAUUAAAAUCUUCAAGUUCUGAUAUUUCUAAAAUCUUCUUAUGAGUACUUUGAUUUCCACACAAUUGGCACUGAAUAACUUUCAGUAUCUAAGAACAAAUUAUUUAAUAAUAUUUAUUAAUAUGAAAUGUUAAAUGAAUCUAAAAACUAAUGACAAUAAUAAAAUUAACUAAUAUAACACCUCAUCAUGAUGAGUAUUGCAUGUAGGUAACAAAUUUGUAUUAUUAGCCCAGGAUCUAAUUUUGACCUAAAAUCAACAAAAAGAUAAAUUAAUAAAUUACUAUUUACUACACAAUAUACAGAAAUAACAUAUCACCUAUAAUAAUAAACUUUAAAGUCAACUAAUAUGGGCAAUAUUGACACAAGACUGUGUAGAUCACCAUUAAAGUACACAUUUAAUCUUUAAACAAAUUAGAUACUCUAUUUGUUGUUUUUUUUUUUUUUUUUUGUAAAUUAACAAAACUUUACUUACUCCUGUUUUGAUAAGCAUACAUUUGAUUUUUUUAACACAUUCUGAUUUAUAAUAUUUAGAGGCAGGAAGUUUACAAGACAUAAACGUACAAACAUAUUUUGACAAAUAUGCUACAGAACUUUUUCUCUGUACAAUAUGAAAACAAGUCGGACACAAACAUGAAUUGAGCCCUAUCAAAUGGUUAACAUCUAAAAUAAAAAAAAAAACAACAUUUAAUUAAAAAUAUUUUAGUACUUGUUAAUUUUCCUCUUAAAUUAAAAUUAUCUGGAAAACUAAGUUACUAGUACAAAAGUUUUUUUUUUCUUAUAGUAAAAGUAACUUUUAAUAUUUUGAUACCAGUUUCAUAAAUGAUCUAUAUCCAUUUUACUGGUAUUCUAGAGGACCUACAAUCAUUUUUGAGACCUACAACUUUCUGUGCUUUUUAUAAACUGUGUACACACACUAUAAAAAGAUCAUAUUAUUAUAUUAUACCUGGAUUAAAUUAAAAUCAAUAAACAGGAUUUUUUAAAUAUUAUCAUAAUUGAUCAGUUGUAACCCAAAAUUAUCAUUUGUUUCACCCACCAAUUAUAAGGUGAAUAUUGAUACAUAAAGAAUGUAAUACCUGUUUUCUGCAUGACUAAUUAUUUGUCAUUAUUAUUGUGUUAAGUAGGUAAUAUAGUCAUACCUACAAAUAAAGGUAUUUUUAUUUAAAUAUUUUAUAAUAUAUUCUUAUUUUUUGUUGUAUUUUUUUUAAAAAUUUCAUAUGGUCUAUUUAUUAAUAUUUCAUUUAAUAUGAUUAUUUUUAAAUGUAUUCAAUAAACAUAAAACUACACAUGCUUUAGUUAACUAUUGGUAGAUUGCUUAUGAAACCAGUAAGCAAAUUGUAAAUCUCAAAAAUAAAUGUAGAUUACAGUCACUAAUAUUCAUUAAAAAACAUUCAUAUUUAUUACAUUUUACAUACUUUCCAAACAAAUUUUUUGUUUUUCUGGAUUUUUAACUUGUGCUAUAUGACAAACUGUGUCCAUUGAACCUAAUAUUACAUAACAAGCACUACAAUUUUGUGCACAAAUACGUCCAGGGUGAAAAGAUGAUCCUGAUGAUCUUUCUGGAACUAAAAUUGGCCUGAGAAAAAGAAAAAAAUGUAAUUAUUAAUUUACCAAAUUGAACAGUUAUUAUACAUACAUAGCAGCAUGUCUUGUGUUAUUUCUAUCAUUUGAAUCUUGUAAUAAGAAGGACAGCUCUUUUAUUUCUGAAAAAUAAUAAUUUAAAGGAUACUAAGUAUGUUUCUUCUCUUUUUUAAAUAUAAUAUUUAAUAUUACCUGAACCAGUAGGGACAAUUUUUUUGUUAGUAUAAUUUUCAUUAUCUAUGGACAGUUCCUGAAAAUCAUGACCAUAUUAUAGAUACUUCAAUAAUAGGUAGAUAAUAUUAAUAUUGUUAUAAAACAUUCUCUGUUUCAUGUCUCAAAAAUGAAAAAAAAAAAAAAAUAGUAAGUACCAGUGGUGAUGAAAAUUGAUUAGGUAUUACAUCUUUCUUCUCUUUAAUGAUUUGUAUAUUUUUUAAUUCUUUUAUAGACACUAAUUCUAGAGCAGUCACAAAGGUUAAUUUUGUUUGAUAUGAUAUCUUCUCAUCUAUAGAUAAUUCAUAAAAAUUUUUUUGUAGAAUUGGAAUUUCUUCUUCUACAGUUUCAUCUUUUACAGUUAUGUUAUUAAGUAAAAUUGAAUCCUUCGUAAUUUUAUUUUCUAAUUUCGAAUAGUUAAUUUCAUUCUGAGAUUGGGUUACUGGUAAAAUUGAUUCAUAAUUUAUUAGUUUAUUGUUAGUGUCAUCAAAAUAUGUUGAUGGUAAAUAUAUUGAAUUUGCUUUUGGUGUUGCUAUUUUAGAACUGUUUAAUAAUGAAGGUUUACUCAUUUUAUUUUGGUUUUUCCUAGAGUAGGUUUUCGGUGUAAGAGAUCUAUUCUUGAUUGAUAAUUCCAAUUCAUCUUGCAUGGCAAAUAAGGAUGAACUUUCAAUUAUUGUAGGUUUUUCGGAAUUAUUUUUAUAAUGAGAUUUUUCUUGAGUUUUAUACAAAUCAUUAUUUUGAACAUUUAUAGUACCUGAGGAAGCAAUUAUUGUAGAUUUUUCAGGAUUAUUUUUAUAAUGAGAUUUUUCUUGAGUUUUAUACAAAUCAUUAUUAUGAACAUUUGUAGUACCUGAGGAAGCAAUUAUUGUAGAUUUUUCAGAAUUAUUUUUAUAAUGAGAUUUUUCUUGAAUUUUAUUCAAAUCAUUAUUUUGAAUAUUUGUAGUACUUGAAGAAGUAAUUAUUGUAGGUUUUUCAGAAUUACUUUUAUAAUGAGAUGAUUUUUCUUGAGUUUUAUUCAAAUCAUUAUUUUGAACAUUUGUAGUACCCGAGGAAGCAAUUAUUGUAGGUUUUUCAGAAUUAUUUUUAUAAGGAGAUUUUUCUUGAGUUUUAUUCAAAUCAUUAUCUUGAACAUUUGUAGUAUUUAAGGAAGCAAUUAUUUUAGGUUUUUCAAAAUUAUUUUUAUAAUGAGAUUUUUCUUGAGUUUUAUUCAAAUCAUUAUUUUGAACAGUUGUAGUACCUGAGGAAGUAUUUUCUUCAAUUUCAGAAUAUAUAAGUCUUUCAUUAGUUUUAAAACUCCAACAUUCAAUUAUUUUGGGACUACAACUUUCUGACUCAUGAAUUUCAGUAUCAUAAAUAUUAGUAAUAUUGUAAGGAUAAUUAUAAAUAUUGGUAGCCUCAUAAUCUACAGUUUCUUGAUUCAAUUCUUGUUUAACAACUAAAUUUGUCUGUUCAUUAUCUGCAGUUUCUAAAAUCAAUUCGUGGUUGUAAACUAAAUUCAUACUGGUUUGUUUGUUAUAUGCAGUUUUUGAUGAAGUUAAGUCAGGCUCUAAACGGAAAUUACAAUUAUUUGUUUUAUUACAUCCUGCUAGUAAAAAAUUGUUUUCAGAAUAUAUAGAGUCAAUUAACAAAUUAUUCAUUGUAUUUUCAAAAAUUGCAAUAUUUUCUUGUAUUAAUUCAACUUGUGGAGGUGUGUGAUUGUUAGAUAAUGUGUUAAAAUCAAAAUUUGAAUUGUCUUCUUGAGAUAACUCAUCUGAACAGAUAGAGGAAUCAUCUUGAAUCAAUUCUUGUGCAAUUAAAUUCAAAUUUGAUGGUUCAAUAUUUGCAAUUUUUGUAGAGGUGUCCCAUGGAGGUGUCUUGCUAUCACAUGUAUAGCUCAAUGAUGCAAAAUUAUUUUCAGAAUAUGUAGAAGGAUUUAAUGUAUCAUUUAUAGUGUUUCCAAAAAAUGAAUUAUUUUCUUGUGUAAAUUCGACUUGUUGAUGAAUGCAGUUGUUAGAUAAUACAUUUGGAUCAGAUGUGUUUAAAACUAAAUUUGAAUUGUUAUCCUGUUGUAUAUUAUCAUCAGUAUCAUCUUUGAUUUCAGAUUUUAUAUCUUUUUCUAUUUUAAUACUAUAUGAUUCACAAAAUUCUUCAUUUUUUAUUUCUUUUUUAAAGUCUUCAUCAAUUGGAGGUAAAUGACUCAAUCUUCGACUUCUUCUCUUUUCUUUAAAAGUUUCAUUCCAAUUUAUCCUUCUCUUGCGUGGUCUAAUUGUGGCAGAUACACUAGUAUCUUUAUUCUUUGAUUUGUUUUGUUUAUCAAUAUUUUCUUUUUUAUUUGAACAUGGUUUUUUAACUGAUGAACAAUUCAUUUUCAUUUUUUGUUGAUUUUUAGCAAUUAAUCUAUCUAUAGGCGACAUGUGGGCUAUAUUAUUAUACUUGGAUUGUAAAAAGUGUCUUUCAAAACAUUUAUUUAACUCAUUUUUAUUUUUUGAUGAAUUACUUUCUAAACGCCCAUUAUAAAAUGAAGCAAAAUUGUCCAUGGAAUAAAUUGAAAAGCUGGAAAAUUAAAAUAAGUUAAUAUUAAUCACAAUAAAUUAUAAACAUGAAUAAUAAAUCAUAUAUAAUUAUGAUUAUAUAUAGAUAAUAUAAUAAAAGGGUUUGGAUUUUAAUGUAAAUACGUAAUUAUAUAUGUCAACUUAAUUAUUUAAAUAUCAACAAUACAAAUUAAUUAGAAUUAGAAUUAGUUAAACAAUUAAACAACCAAUUGUAAUAAACAACAAAUUUUCAUCCAUUGCAAUCCAGAUAAUCAGUUUGUUUUUAAAUAUAAUAAUUUGUAAUAAUUUCUAUUUUGUAAUAUAAUAAUGUAAUUUGUUAUUUUUAUAAUACUGUAAUGUAUCUGUAUUUAAUAUUAUUUUUCAAUUUUUAACCUGAGAAAUGUCGGGGAUGUCAGCUAAUAUUUUAAUAAGAAAGUAGAUAUUAAUUAUGCAAUACAUAAGUAUAUAUUAUAAAUAUAACUAAUUUGAAAUAUCAGUUUUACAUAGUUGGUGAAAAUUAGAAUUAACAAGUUCAUACAAAUAUUAAGUAAAUAGGUAUUAAAAAAAAAAAAACAAUGAAAAUUGUCAAUAGUUAAGAUGUUUCCAACAGUAUUAUACAUUCACAAUUAAUAAAAUUAAAAUGAUGUAAUAGUUAUUUGUAUAAAAAAAUCUAAUUUCUGUAGCUGACCAAGUGUUAAGUACAUGAAAUUGUAAUCUUUAUUUGAAAAUAUUAUGGGCUAAUACAUAUUUAUGAUUUUAAAUAAUUUCAUUAUUCAUUUAUAUUUUUAUAUUUUAUGGUUCGACUUAAUGCAUUCCAAACCUUUGCAAGUAAUUGACAGCGGUUAUAUUUAUUUAUUUAAAUUUUUAUGUUUAAAAAUUAAAAGGACACAUGUUAUUUUUGUUUUAAAUUAUUAUGUUUUUAUGAUAAAUAUGUAUUAAUAAAAGUUUGUAUUUAUUUAUUUAAAUGGAUACCUUUAAAAAUUAAUUUAAAUAUUUAUACUAUAAGUUUACUUAAAAUUACAUACAUUUCAAAGUAUUACAUGAUAAAAACACAAACCAAAUGAGUUGACAUUAUAAUUUCAAAUAAUUAAGUUCUAUAGUUGAUAAUAGAAAAAGUAAUAAUAGAGUAAUCAAAUAGAAAAAAAUGCAUAUAGAUGAAAAUGAGAUAUGAGCAAAAUGGGUAGAAUAGUAUACACAUUGACCAAUCCUUUCAAGGGAUAGGUUUUUAUACAAUGGAAGACCUAAAUUUUAAAAUGUACUUUUUCUUGCAUUUUUAAAUAACUCUAACCAUAACUCUAUUACAAGUAUAUCCGCAUAAUAUUAAUUUUAUGAGUGUUAAUACAAUUUUCCAUUUCAAUUACUAUAUAAUAGUAAGAAAUACAACAUUAUUAAUUGAUCAAAAUUAAUCUAACUUUUACAUCUAUAUCUAUAUUAGAAUUAUAUACAGGGUUGGUAAUAUAUUCGUAUAAAAUGUAUAAAACUAUCUAAGAGAUUUUUUUUUUUUUUUUUGAAGUUUAUUAUAAUAGCGAUAACACUGUACAUUUUAAAUUUUAAUAAGUAUUUAAACUUAUAAAAUAAUGUAAAAAAUUUAAAAAAAUCACAUUAAUUUGAUGAAUUUUCUUAAAUUUAUAUAAAAAAAAAAAAACAAAACAAAUUAUUUGUUGGUAUUAUAAAUAUUAAUAUAAUUAUUAAUAAAGAAUAAAGAUAAACUUAGUAAUUAAUAUAAAAAAUAAUCACAUAUAUCUUAGGUGAUUACUAUAAAAUGUAUAAAAUGAUGAUUAAAUUCAAUUUAAAAUGAAUUUUAAUUUUUAAAUGGUAAAUAUAGUCACUAAACUCAAUAAUCCUGUUACCACACACUGCAAAAGAAAAUUACUGUUGACUGAACAAUAUGAUUUUAAUUUCAUAUUAAUUGGUCAUUAAUGUUAAAAAUAUGGUUUUGUUAUUAAGUUAGCAUUUUAAUUGAUCAGCCACAAUAUUUACUUAGGUAUACCAUAUUAAUAUUGAAUACAAUGCAUUUAAAUUGAAUGUAAUCUAAUUUAAUAAAAGUGUAGUACUACAUAACAUUGUUUGCAGAGAUAUAAUAGAAAUGAAAUAAAAUAUACUUUAUAUGGGUAAAACAAAUUUAUAUUGUACUUGUUCAACAUAAAGUUUUACUUUAUACUUAGUACAUGUCUACAUGACUACCAAUUUAAGCAAUUAUAGUUAAUGUACAAAAAUAUUUAUGCGCCAUUGUACUAUUUCUUUUUAUCUGUUAUAAUAAUGCAAGUUAUUCAUUAUUUAGGUGCCUAGGUAAAGUUCCAAUAAUUGAUACUUACAAAAUAGAAUUUAACAAUUGUGUAGGUACUGCCUAUAAACUAAAUACAAAAACCACUGAAAACUUAGAGAAUACAAUAAUAAACCAUACUAAAUUAAGCACAUUAAUGAGUAGAAGAAAAUAACGAUUUAGCCAAUAUCACAAUUUUACACAAUUUAUACAAGUAUUAUACAAUUUACUAAAACCAUGAGUUCCACAAUUCUUAUCUUGACAUUAUGUCUUAUGUGUGUAUUAUGGUCCGAUAACCAAAUAACCAAACUUGGUUACCAAUGGUUAACGAAAUAUACAAAUCUGAUCAUGAACAAACUAGUUAAGUUAGCCAACCUGUAAAUCGCUACGAAAGGCUAUAAGUGUAGAAAGCGCCCAAUAACAUUCUAUUUAGUAUUAUGGACAUUGGACUUGUGUCUAUUAAGCUAUACUAUUGUAAAUUUAUAAUUCGACCCAAACGAUGAUGACAACAUCGUGUGUUAUGCUAAUCUAAAUAAUUUAAUCUUCAAAUAUACUCGCAUAUUAUAAAUUAAUCAUAUUUUAAAUAAUUAUGGUGAAAGACACCAUUUAUAUAAUAUUAGGGUUGCCAUAAUUUCAAAAAGGAAAUUCGAGAUGAAUAUAAAAAUAGCAAAUAAAAUUAGACUAAAAAUAUGAUUGAAUCAUAUUACGAUUAGAUAUAUAUAUAUCUAUAUACCUAUAAUCUAUAUGUAUUAAAAUAACCUACUUAUUAUUUUAUAAACUAAAACGAUACAACACAAAUUGUAUCUAUUUUUUUUAUAGGUUAUAGAUUUACUAUAAAAAGAACAUUUAUACAUUUUUUUUAAAAUCAUCAUAAAAGUUGUUUAAAACAUACAAUUAAUAACUAACAGGUAAUUAUUUAGAUACUAUAAAGGUAAGGUUUUCUCAUCAUUUUUUUAUCCCGAAUACAUUAAAAAUCUCUCGUAUACAGUUACGUAUUAUUCGAAAAAAAUGUCGAAAUUAAAUAAUAUUAACUUUAUAUUUUAAAUAAACCGGAACAUAUUGACGAACUUGUCGACAGUCCUGGUUUCCUGGGACAUAUAUUAACCCUAUAUAUUAUAUCAAAACAAAUGUAUAUACUCGAAUUAACGUAUUUGUAUGUAUUCUCAGUGAAUUUAUAUAUGUUAAGUAUUAAACUAUUAAAUAAUAUUGGCAGUAGUGGAGUAACAAUGUGAAAAACUGAUCUCUCACUGCUGUCGGUUAAUUGGAAAAAAGAAAAAUUAUUAAAUAAUAUCUUUUUUAUUUGUUUAGUACAUGUAUAUACGAUCUUCAUCACCGGUCGACUGUUGAAUUAAUUUUAUGUCUUCGGGUUCAAUAAUUAAUGUUUUAUGUUUGACGCAAUUUCACGCGAAAUGCGAUGUGUUUCGCAAUUACAUUUAAAUAAAAAAUAAUGAAUAAUAAUGGACAAUGGUUUGAACUGUGGAAGUGUAGAUUCUGGAUUUAAGUUUUCAGUGUUGUACUAUGUGUAAUCGUUACGUUUUGGAUUUUCGAUAGAAAGUAAACACUGGAUCACAAAAUGACGUCAUCGAAAGUGUUUAUAGCCCCAUUUUUAUAAUAUGCGGUUACCACGGGUCUGCAUUUUUAAAAAGAAUUAUAUUCUAUAACCAAAUGUAGUACGUACCUAUAAAAAAAAAUAGUAUCUACUAACGUUUUACGUUCCGAAUUCUGCAAUUUUACCGGGCUGGGGUUUUACUUUCAAAGAUUUUAUUUUCUAUGAUUUUUCGGUCUUCCGCAUUAACUGACGGUUAAAUUUACCGGAAACCAGCGCAAUAUUGUUGGUGAACUCACAAUUAUCGCUAACCAAUAAUUCAUAGGGCAUAGGGAAUCAGGCUAAGACCGUGCCAUUGGCAUCGUCGAGAAUUAGCAUAACCUUAGCUAUAACAUACAAUUUUCUUACUUUGAAAAUCCCAAUUAUAAAUUUACAAGAUCAUUUUUUACAUAAAUACAAAUAUAGACACCAUUUAUUUUCUUUUUAAUACUUGAAAAUGCAAGGUUGAUGAUAAGCUGUUUUAAUAAAAAAAGUUAGUCAAAAGACACAAUUUUUUUUUUUAUUAAUAUAAUCAAAAUUAAAUAAACGAUAAAACGUUUUUAAAUGUAUAAUUAUUUUAUUUAUAUAGAUAGCUCAGAAUUGUUUAUCAUUUGCAAUUAUUUAAUGUAAAAACUAAUUAUAACACAGAAUUUUUAAUUCAGGUACAUUAGAUCAAAAAAUAACUGAAUGCCACAAUAAAAAUAAUUAAAGCAAAUAAUUUGUGAUUUAUAUUAAUAGUUAAAGUAAUUCAUUUUUUUCUUGUUUAUAGUAAGUAGGUAUUAGAAAAAAAUCAACUAAUUCAAAAAUAUAUGUAUAAUUAUAAAGAUAAUAAUCAUUAAUAUUUUGCUAAUUUUCAGUUAACUUUCGUUUUUUCUUUACAUAUAUUAUGUACCAAUGUAUUAUAAUAUAUUAUAUUACCACUAAACAAAAUUCUACCAUAGAAACAUAUAC